AUGUGCAUAUGGGCUAAGUGCUUGCUGGUGUGCUCAAUUGAGAAUGAGCAUUGCUGCAUGGCUUGUCUUCUCUCAAACCAGGCCGAUGUCAAGAAUCAAGUCUCCCUUCUUAAACAGGAGAUUAUCGCUCAUGGUCACAUCUGUAUAUUUCACCCAAAAUUCCAUUGUGAGCUCAACCUAAUUGAGAUGAUGAGUAAACUGCUUAUUCUGCCAUUUUCAAUUUUAUUUCUCUCUGUUUAUUGA